GCUAUAGCUUUAGCUUUCUCUUGUCUUAGUUCGUAGAAUGGAAGGCUUUUUCAAUGCACUAUUUUUUCUCAUCAUUCUACUACAUGUGAUCUUCACCGCCCAGUGCACUGCCGCCGCCACCGCCGGGAUCAAACAAGCUGCACCCGACCGCGCCGCCCUCCUCUCCUUCAAGUCCCUCGUCGACAACGCUCCGUUCGGAGCGCUCUCCUCCUGGAACAACGGCUCUCUCCACCACUGCAGGUGGCGCGGUGUCUCCUGCGGCCGCCGCCAUCCCGACCGGGUCACGGCCCUCGACCUCAAGGCUCUCCGCCUGGCCGGUUUCGUAUCGCCCGCCGUAGCCAACCUCACAUUCCUGCAGAGGAUCGACCUGUCCGACAACAAGCUACAUGGAAGCAUCCCAGAGGAGCUAGGAAGCCUACGCCGGCUGCGAUAUCUCAACCUGAGUGUGAAUUCUCUUGGCGGAACGAUCCCGUCUUCGCUCGGCAAUUGCUCUAAUCUUCGACUACUCAACUUGAGAGGUAAUAAUCUCAACGGCGAGAUCCCGCCAACUCUAUCGCGUCUUUCCGGUCUUAGAGAUCUUUUCCUGAGUCAAAACAUGUUACAAGGGACGAUCCCAGAUUCAAUUGGGAAUCUUUCUUGUCUGCUCUCUCUUUCUUUAGAUAACAAUAACUUGUCAGGAGCCAUGCCUCCAUCCUUCGGUAGCCUUCGCUCCUUGAAGAUACUUGAAAUCCAAGAGAAUAGUCUCACAGGAACCAUUCCGUCGACUCUUACGAACCUCUCCUCUCUGAACAUGGUUGCACUACGAGGAAACAACCUUCAUGGUGAAAUUCCUCACUUUGCAGAACUUCCAUUCCUCUCUCGACUGGACUGCGCUAUUAAUUAUCUCUCUGGAUCGAUCCCAAUCUCGCUCGGACAACUUUCAUCUCUCGAAAUUCUGAGUCUCAGGAUGAACCACUUAACAGGGGAAGUACCGUCAUCCCUUUACAAUCUAUCAUCCCUGAGGGCCUUAGAGUUCUCUUAUAACCAACUCGAGGGAACUCUACCCUCCGAUAUCGGAAAUGCUCUUCCGAACCUUCAAUACCUUUAUGUAUAUUAUAAUCAGCUCGGGGGGCGAAUUCCAGCAUCCUUGUCCAAUGCUUCUGAGCUCAUACACCUUGAGCUAUCGUUCAAUGCAUUCCACGGCACGAUACCGCCAAGCCUUGGAGCCUUGCAGAGUCUUUUGUUGCUUGAACUGGCAGGCAAUCGUCUCGAAGCUAGGAAGCCUAGUGAUUGGAGCUUCAUUACAGCACUGACCAACUGCACCGGUCUCCAAGUUUUGGGUUUAGGAUACAAUCUACUUCAAGGCAUGAUGCCCAAAUCACUAGUCAAUCUUUCCAUUAGUCUUAAUAUUUUGCUACUCAAUAGCAACCAAAUAUCAGGAAUUAUACCUAUUGAGAUUGAGAAGCUCAUCAAUCUAACUAGUCUUGACGUGAGUGGUAACGACCUUCAAGGCACCGUUCCUGUAGAAAUCAGUCAUCUUAGGCAACUACAGUUCUUAGGUCUGUCAAAUAACAUGCUUUCAGGUGAAAUUCCUCCUAGUUUGGGCAACCUAACACGAAUGGACCAGCUCUAUCUCGGCAGCAACGAAUUUGAAGGAGCCAUUCCGCCGACACUAAGCAACAUGUUAGUGCUAGAGUCGUUAGAUCUAUCACAUAAUAGGCUAAGCGGUAGCAUUCCUAAAGAAGUUUUGACCCUUUCGUCGCUCACAUACAUCCUUGACUUGUCGCAUAAUUUACUGAACGGUUCAUUACCGUUGGAAGUGGGCAACUUGAUAAGUAUCUGGGGGCUUAAUCUCUCAAAUAAUAGGCUCUCUGGUGAGAUUCCAGACACCAUCGGCAAAUGCGCCAUCUUGGAAAUUCUUCAUUUAGAGAAUAACUUAUUUCAAGGGUCCAUUCCUGCCUCCAUUGGCAAUUUAAGAGGGCUUGAGGAGCUUGAUCUCUCAAAAAACUUCUUCUCGGGCCAAAUACCGGCAUUCCUUGAUGAGCUCCCGGAUCUACACUACUUGAAUCUCUCCUUCAACAGUUUUGAGGGUCAAGUGCCGAUGAAAGGGGUCUUUAAGAAUGCGAGCGAAGUCUCGCUUAUUGGAAAUAGUAAACUCUGCGGCGGAAUUCCAGAAUUACACUUGCCGAAAUGCACUUCAGAUGCCUUCGCAACAAAACAUCACUCUGAUUAUAAACUCAGAGUAAUACUCAUUCCUAUAUGUGGAGCAAUUUUGUGUUUGAUCAUAAUCAUGUGCUUGCUUGGGAUACAUCACUUGAUUAAAAACUCACAGAGAAAGCCGCUGUCGAGGUUUUCCUUAAGAAAUAGACACACGAAAGUAUCUUACGAUGAGCUCUUGAGGGCUACAAAUGGGUUCUCCUCAGAUAAUCUGAUCGGCGCGGGAAGUUUUGGGUCUGUUUAUAAAGCCGCCAUGAACUAUGAAAACGCCGACAUCGUUGCGGUGAAAGUGUUUAACCUUCAACAGCAUGGGGCUUUCAGAAGUUUUAUGUCUGAAUGUGAGGCCCUGAGAAGCAUUCGACACCGAAAUCUUGUCAAAAUUCUUACAUCGUGCUCUAGUUUGGAUCACCGCGGUAACGAUUUCAAGGCCUUGGUUUUUGAGUACAUGCCUAAUGGAAGCUUAGAAGAGUGGCUACAUCCAAAUGCACGCGAGAAUAGGCCUUUCAGAAGCCUAAGCCUAAUCCAGAGGUUGAACAUAGCUGUCGACGUAGCCUCAGCAUUAGAGUAUCUUCAUCACGAAGGGUCCGUGCCGAUUGUUCACUGUGAUCUUAAGCCCAGCAACGUCCUUCUCGGGAAUGAUAUGACGGCGCACGUGGGCGAUUUCGGGUUAGCAAAGUUUCUACAGCAACCGCUUGACGAAUCAUCAGAGCGUUCAUCUACCAGCACUGUGGGAAUCAAAGGAUCUAUUGGUUAUGUUCCUCCAGAGUAUGGAAUGGGCUGUAAACCAUCUAGGCUCGGCGAUGUGUACAGCUACGGAAUUCUUCUGCUGGAGAUGUUCACUGGAAUGAGCCCCCUCGACGACAAGUUCAAAGACGGACUGAGCCUUCGUGGAUAUGUUCAUGCUGCUGCUGCUUCUCCUGAACAUCUUAUGGACAUCAUAGACAGAAACCUGCACUCAGCUGAUAAUGAUAUGGCUUAUCGAGAAGAGUGUGUGCGAGAUUGCUUAGUUUUGGUGUUUGACUGCGGUGUCUCGUGCUCGAAUGAAUCACCACACGAACGAUGCGACAUGACAGAAGUCUCAAAGGUGCUGAGUGCAGCAAGAGAGAGGCUUCUUAGCUAAAAGCAGUUUUGCUCCCUGUGCUACUGUUCUCACUAGAGGCAAAUGAAUGUAUGUUUGAACAUCCUCUGCUUUUCCUUAUUUGCAUUAAAAAAAAUAAACCUUGUGUAAUAUAAAUGCCUAGUCCUUAUGGUUUUGAUCA